CCCGACCCGGCCCGACCCGACCCGACCCGACAUGGCGCUGAAGGCCGACGUGGUGUUUGAAGAAGAUGAUCUGCCAUAUGAAGAAGAGAUUAUUCGCAACCCUUACUCCGUCAAAUGUUGGAUCCGUUACAUAGAGUUCAAACACACUGCUCCCAAACACAUGGUGAACAUGAUCUACGAACGGGCACUCAAAGAGCUCCCCGGCAGUUACAAGCUGUGGUACAAUUACCUGAAGCAACGACGGAAACAGGUGAAGGGGAAGUGCAUCACAGACCCUGGGUAUGAGGAGGUUAACAACUGUCACGAGCGAGCCCUGGUUUUCAUGCACAAGAUGCCGCGGAUUUGGCUGGACUACUGUCAGUUCCAGGUGGACCAGUGCAAGAUAACAAGGACACGACGUACCUUUGACCGUGCGCUGCGGGCUCUCCCCGUCACUCAGCACUACCGCAUCUGGCCCAUGUACCUGAAGUUUGUGCGACAGUUCCCCGUGUCCGAGACUGCCAUCCGCGUCUACAGGCGCUAUUUAAAGCUGUCCCCUGAAAAUGCAGAGGAAUACAUUGAGUACCUGCGCUCCAUCGACCGGCUGGACGAGGCUGCUGUCCGGCUUGCUGCCGUCGUCAACGAUGAAUUGUUUAUCUCCAAAGAAGGGAGAUCGAAUUAUCAACUGUGGCACGAACUCUGCCACCUCAUCUCAACCAACCCAGACAAAGUGAAGUCCCUGAAUGUUGGCGCUAUUAUCCGUGGUGGCCUCACUCGCUUCACUGACCAACUGGGGAAGCUCUGGUGUUCCUUAGCCGACUACUACAUUCGAAGUGGCCAUUUCGAGAAGGCCAGAGAUGUGUACGAGGAGGCGAUUCAGACCGUGAUGACAGUCCGUGACUUCACCCAGGUGUUUGACAGCUACGCCCAGUUUGAAGAGAGCAUGAUCGCAGCUAAAAUGGAAACAACGGCAGAAAUGGGACAAACUCAGGAAGAUGAUAUCGACCUGGAGUUGAGAUUGGCGCGGUUUGAGCAGCUGAUAACGAGGCGCCCCCUCCUCUUGAACAGCGUCCUCCUGCGGCAGAACCCCUACAAUGUGCACGAGUGGCACAAGCGGGUGAAACUGUACGAAGGGAAACCACGAGAGAUCAUAAACACUUACACAGAAGCCGUGCAGACUAUCGACCCGCUGAAGGCCACUGGGAAGCCACAUUCAUUAUGGGUCUCCUUUGCAAAGUUUUACGAAGAAAACGGACAGAUUCAGGACGCCCGGACUAUCUUUGAGAAAGCCACAAAAGUGAAUUUCAAGCACGUGGAUGACUUGGCUGGAGUUUGGUGUGAGUACGGGGAAAUGGAGCUCAGGCAUGAAAACUACGAGGAGGCGCUCCGAUUGCUCAGGAGAGCUACCGCCGUACCAGCGAAAAAGGCCGAGUACUUUGAUUCGACAGAACCUGUCCAGAACAGGGUGUACAAGUCGCUGAAAGUCUGGUCCAUGUUAGCAGAUCUGGAGGAGAGUCUUGGAACGUUCAAGUCUACGAAGGCCGUGUACGACAGGAUUAUAGAUCUUCGAAUUGCCACGCCCCAGAUCAUCAUCAACUACGCAAUGUUCCUGACAGAGCACAACUACUAUGAAGAAAGUUUCAAGGCCUACGAGCGAGGGGUUGCCCUGUUUAGGUGGCCCAAUGUUUAUGAUAUUUGGAACACUUACCUGACCAAGUUCAUCGAUCGAUACGGUGGGAAGAAACUGGAAAGGGCGCGGGACCUGUUUGAACAAGCUCUCGAUGGAUGCCCACCAAAGUUUGCUAAAACUCUGUACCUGCUCUAUGCCAAGCUGGAGGAGGACUACGGACUGGCCCGGCACGCCAUGGCUGUGUAUGAGCGAGCCACCAAGGCAGUGGCGCCGCUGGAACAGUACGAGAUGUACAACAUCUAUAUUAAACGGGCAGCUGAGAUUUACGGAGUCACCCACACCCGGGGCAUUUACGAGAAAUCAAUUGAGGUGCUGCCAGACGAACAUGCGCGAGACAUGUGCCUGCGUUUUGCCGACAUGGAGUGCAAGCUGGGAGAGAUUGACCGGGCUAGAUCCAUCUACUCCUACUGUUCCCAGCUGUGUGAUCCAAGGAUCACGCCGUCGUUCUGGCAGACGUGGAAGGAGUUUGAGAUUAGGCAAGGUAACGAGGAUACGAUUCGGGAGAUGUUACGGAUUAAACGCAGCGUACAGGCUACCUACAACACCCAGGUCAAUUUCAUGUCCUCGCAGAUGUUGAAAGCUUCCACCAACGCUACAGGCACAGUGUCUGACCUGGCCCCGGGACAGAGUGGAAUGGAUGACAUGAAGUUACUGGAGCAGAAAGCACAGCAGAUCGCUGAGGAGGUUGAAAGGGAAAGACCCAAACCCAAAGGCAAAAUUCUGUUUGUCAGGAGUGACGUGACCCGGGACGAGCUGGCGGAGCUGACCAAGCAGGCCAACCCCGACGAGAUAGACAUCGAUGAGGAUGAUGACGGGGAAGAGGAGCCUGACGAGGUACCUUUGGAGCAGAAGGCAGUGCCCACGGCUGUGUUUGGUGGUUUGAAGGACGACUAGGACAUGAUACCACGCUCAGUUCUUGUCUGGUCUUCCAAUGCCUUCGAUAACCGGAAAGGAUGCACAGUUCCCUUGGCCCUGUGUUACUUCAGGUACCAACUUGAACUGCUCCAAAGACUCGCUGCUUCCACAGCACCUGUUUCAGUCACACACCAUCCUCCCUGCCGUUGAAAUGUACGUCUACAGCUAGAUUCUAAAUGAUUUAAAUAAAGGUCAAGUCUUAAAUGCAUAA